UACAUUUCCCAUGAUCCUUAGAAGCCGGAGCUUGCGCAAUGUGUUUUCGACGGCCCUGGUUGCUGGUAGUGGUUGGUGUUUGUUGUUGUCAUACUAAGGGGGCGAAACAAAGAACUAACGAAGUUAUUAUAACCCUGAGCCUGUCGCAUGAGGUUACUGGGUGAGCCCCUCCCUACCAUGAGAGCGGACCACCAGGUCACCAGCCCCCCCUCCUUCUGCAGUUGAUGGAUCUGCAGCUGGUCCAGAGAUGACAGACAGCGUCAGGGCCUUCCUCCGCAAUGUUGCGAUGGGGAUCAAGGACUCCAUAUUGGGGAUUGGAACAAUCUCCAAGCUGGAUGCCCGCAUCCAGCUGAAAAGGGAAGAGCAGCGGAGGCGAAGGGCCAGCGGGGCCUUGGCACAGAGACGGGCACAGAGUGAGGAGCGCAAACCAGACAAUGAACCCAAAGUAGCCAGCAGGAUUUUUCAGUGCUGUGCCUGGAAUGGAGGAGUGUUCUGGCUCAGUCUGUUUCUCUUCUACCGAGUGUUUAUCCCACUGCUGCAGACUCUCACAGCAAAAAUCAUCGGUGACCCCUCCCUCCAUGGCAGUGUGUGGUCCUGGUUGGAGUUCUUCCUGACCUCUGUCUUCAGCGCUCUCUGGGUUCUCCCUCUGUUCGUCCUCAGCAAGAUAGUCAACGCCAUUUGGUUCCAGGAUAUAGCUGACCUAGCAUUUGAAGUGUCAGGCUGUAAAGCUCAGCCGUUCCCCAGCGUUAGUAAGAUCAUCGCAGACAUGCUCUUUAACCUCCUCCUCCAGGCACUCUUCCUCAUUCAGGGUAUGAUCGUCAGCCUCUUCCCCAUCGAUGCCAUUGGACAGAUGGUUAGCCUCCUGCACAUGUCUCUGCUCUACUCCCUGUACUGUUUUGAGUAUCGCUGGUUCAACCAUGGCAUUGAGAUGCACCAACGCCUGUCAAACAUUGAGAGGAAUUGGCCGUAUUACUUCGGCUUUGGUUUACCCAUGGCUCUGCUGACCGCCCUGCCCUCCUCAUACAUCAUCAGUGGCUGCUUGUUCUCCAUCCUCUUCCCUCUGUUCAUCAUCAGCGCUAAUGAGGCAAAGACACCAACAAAGCUGUACCACUUCCAGCUGCGCCUCUUCUCUCUGGUUGUGCUGAUUAGCAACAAGCUGUUCCACAAGACUGUCCACCUGCAGUCGUCCCUGACGUCGUCCGCCUCGUCAGAGAGGCUGUCCUCGCCCCACACCUCCCCGAGCCGCCAGAGACUGCUGCCCACCCAGUGAAGGCUCCACCUGAAGGAGAAAGGAUGGCAGAGUGGCUCCAGUGUGAUUCUUCAUGAAGGAUUGCCCUUAGUGAUGAUGUGUGGUUUGGGAUAAAGGGUUUACACAUUUUUAUCUCAUCUCUGGCCCUUCAGUUAUUCAUUUGCCGCAUGCACCAGACACAUUUUCAGUGUGACACAAAAAUCGACUGCCCUGUGCCUCACACUCAAAACACAUUAUAUACUCAGCUCUAGACUUCUUUUCUUUUUUGAUUUUUCUUUCAUUGUUUUCUUUUUUUUGUAUAAUGUGCCAUUUGAGUGACUCUCCUUUAAUAAAUUACAGCACAAGAAAUCAUGUAGUUUUAAUACGUUUGAGCAAACUUGUGACUAAAGAAGGAUUUUUUAACUUUGAAGGGACUCGUUUGCAUUCAAAAGCAAAGCACAGUCGUGUUUUACCUACUUUGCGUGUUUUCUUGAUGUUGCAAGUCACAUUCCUUCCUCACAGGUUGAAUGCUUUCUUGCACAAUGAUGUGUUCCUCUGUCAUAUUCUGGUGUCCUAGCAGUUCCAGUGACAACCUUGUACAGUUAUAAAGGGGGGAUUUUUAAGAAAUCCUGACACUGCUUUGUUUUCAGUAGAAUUUACACAUCACUUCAGGAGCUGCUACACAAAGGAAUGGCGACCUGUUGUAAUGGAAACCAAAUAAGAAAGUCACUCUUUUGUGUUGACAAAAGCGUUGCUUGGUGUCUGAUCCCAAAUUCAAAUCACCUGUCACUGUCUGAUGUUGCAAUUCAAGAAAAAGCUGCCUAAGCCUUUUCUGUUGGUGUGAAAUUAGUGAUAGGUGAGAUGACACUGCCAAACUGCUUCAUCUGUGUUUUAUUUCACUUCGACCGCCACAAUGCUAGGCUCUGUAACAAAGAAAGGAGCCAUGUAGUUAACUCGUUUACAUCUUAACUAACGGGUGAUCGGCCUUGCUUGCUCUAGUCCCCCCCAACACAUCAACAAGAGAGCUGAUGCAAAUAGAACUGAUCCCCAGAGAUCAUUGGCUCUUUGGUUUUUCUGCUGUAUAUAAUGUUAAUACCUCCUGAAUGUUCGGUCAGAUGUUCACCGCUACAACGCAGCGCAACGCCCCCAGCCUGUCUCUCACUCAUCAGAGCUCAUGGAAAGGGGCCAUGAAACAGUGUGCAAUUGUAGAAAAGAGCAUAGUGUUUGUUCAGACUGAUAAUUGUGAGUGAGGUUUUGUAAAAGUAAUAAGUCUAAUUUCAAUAAAAAUUGGUCAGUAUUCAAUAUUUGA